AUGAAGGUGGCAAUCCUUGGGGCCACAGGCCAAAACGGCACGUCUAUUGUUAACGGCCUACUUGCAUCAACCAAAACAAGAUUCGAUAUUGUAGCCCUUGUCCGACCUUCGUCACUCAAGAAGCCCAAGGUCAUCGAGCUACAGAGCAAGGGCGUCGACAUCGCGUCAUUCAGCCUUGAUGACCCCGAGGACCAUCUCGCAGCUCAGCUCAAAGGCAUCGAUGUCCUUAUUAUUUGUUGCCUGAUUGAUCAAGCUAUUCUUGCCAACGCAGCCAAGAAGGCAGGUGUAAAACGCUACGUGCCAUGCUUCUACGCAACAGUGAUGCCUAGGGGUGUCCAGAUUCUGCGAGAUACUAAGGAGACCACCCUGGAUCAUAUUCAGAGACUACAUCUUCCUUAUACUGUCAUCGACGUCGGAUGGUGGUACCAGAUCAGCCUUCCACGCCUGCCCUCCGGACGCAUCGAUCGCAACCUGUUUCUGUAUAACAGUGCCAUCGGAGGGAGCGGCGACAUACCUUGUGCCAGGACCGAUUCCCGCGAUGUUGGCCGAUAUGUCGCUCGUAUCAUCACUGACCCUAGGACGCUUAACCAAAAGGUUUUCGCCUAUACUGACCUUCGCACUCAGCAUGAGCUGUAUGAUACAGUCGAGAGAAUCAGCGGCGAGAAAAUCGAAAGGAAAUACCGCACCGCCGACGAGAUUGACGAUGGCAUUGCCAGAACCAAGGACGAUCCCUAUAAGAUGAUGGACUACUACCAGUUCACCUACCAAAAGUCAUAUGACAUUAUGGGAGAAAAUACACCCGACUACGCCCGCUAUUUAGGUUACCAGACCAGCAAGGACCUGUACCCUGACAUGAAAGGAAUCUCUUUUGAAGAUUUCUUUGAAGAGACAUUGGAACAUGGUCUGAAGCCGAUGUAUGAAGAAUAUGCAGAUCUGCUGCGGGGAUCCAGCUCUUUCAUUUUCGAUGGUAAAGCCAUAACGGAAUGA